AUGCUAGCAGCUAUUCGGAGAUUCAACACUGCAGCAGAACAAUCUGCACGGCUAACCAAAUUCUCUCUUCAACCCCCAAAAUACGUAGAAGUAGAAUUUGCCAAUGGUAGUGUAUUCAAGUUGUCUGCUGAGUUUCUCAGAAUAAAUAGCCCAGCAGUUGAUGGAAAAAUCAGAUCAAUUGGAGGUGAAAAGGUGAUAUCGGGAAGACGCCAUGUGGGAAUUAUGUCUGCAGAACCAGUAGGAAACUAUGGGGUAAGGCUCAAUUUUGAUGACUUGCAUAAAACUGGUAUUUAUUCCUGGGAUUACUUCUAUCAUCUAGGAAGCAACAAGUUUACCCUUAUGAGAAAUUACAUUAAAACACUGAAGAAAUACGGGCUUAGUCGAGAUCCACGAGGAAGAAAAUGA